AAUGGGCAAAACUGACAACGACUUCUUUUAUGUUGAACUUCUCAAAGACAACUACAACAAUAUGUUGCAAAAAAUACAGACACCUGAAUUUCAACUGACAGAAUCUGAAAGGGAAGAAAUUGAAUUUCUGUUGUCAUUGCUCAAAUCGACAGGACCGUUUUUGAAGGUCAAAGACGUUUUGACUGAGGCUGUAAAAAUGGCAGGUAAAAAAAUUGAAAAAGAAAUGGAAAAAGAUAUCAAAGAGAUCCAAGACAUGAUCUCUGCAGCAGAAUGA